GUUGCAAUAACUAGUCGACCGAUUUUGCUUCAAACCAUUCUUGUGUUCUGUUGCCGAAUGAUGUUUCGACACCUUCAGGCACAAAAGCAACCGUUCACACACUGCUUGUAAAGUUGUUUCGUCAUAUUCGCCAUAAGAUUUGAAAGGCUCAGGCUCAAAUUCGUACAUCUAAGACGCGAUGGCGCUCAAGAGGAUUCAGAAAGAGUUGGCGGACUUGGGAAAUGACCCACCAGCGAAUUGCUCUGCCGGACCUGUAGGAGAUGAUCAUUUCAAUUGGCAGGCGACGAUCAUGGGCCCUCCAGACUCGGCUUACCAGGGUGGAGUCUUCUUUCUGAACAUCAACUUCCCGUCAGACUACCCCUUCAAGCCGCCCAAGGUGCACUUCACCACGAAGAUCUACCACUGCAACGUAAAUUCGAAUGGGGCAAUCUGCCUAGACAUCUUGAAGGAUCAGUGGAGCCCAGCUUUGACGAUCUCCAAGGUCUUGCUCUCCAUCUCAUCUCUUCUGACAGAUCCGAACCCCAAUGAUCCCCUGGUGCCAGAGAUUGCCCAAGUCUACCUGAAGGACAGGGCCAAGCAUGAUGCCACGGCCCGCGAAUGGGUGCAGAAGUAUGCCACCUAGACCCAACUUGUCCUGGCUUUGACCAUCUGAGAGUGGUAGCAAGUCAGCCUUGUAGUUGACUACACAUGUUCCAAGCCUGCCAGAUAGACAUCAGAACUGACACAACGAUUGAGGCAUGAAA